AUGCUUAAAUUCCUUAUAUCAGUUUUUUUCUUUUACAUAUUUUUAGGCUUUGAUGUAUGUGAGGUGUUGAGAAAUAUAUCUUAUAAUGAUAAAGUAAGAAAUAAGAAAGAAGGAUUUUUUUUUUUCAUACCUUUGUUAUUAAGAAAAAAAAGAAUAGAGGGAAGAAGAUAUGUCACAAAGAAUAAUAUUAAUAAUUAUAAUUAUGAUAAUAAUUUUUUUUGUAAGAAUAGUGUAGGAAGAAAUAUAAAUCCAUUUAUAUAUAGAACUAAUAUAAGAAGUGUAUAUAAUAAACUAUAUGUAUAUAAAUCAGAUAAGAAUGAUAAUUCAUAUCAUAACAUUUUAAAUAAUCAUAUAAAUAUUAUAUCUGAAAGAAUAAUACAAGAUGAAAAUAAUUUUAUAUUACCAAAUUAUUGUUUAAUUGAAGAUAACAAAUUUUAUAAAGAUUAUGAUUAUCAAACGAGUAUAUUAAUAUACUUGGAAAAUUAUUUAAAGAAUAAAAAUGUUACAUCUAAUACUUGUGUGACAACCCCAAAAAAAAUGUGUGAAGAGAUAAAUAUUAAUUUUAGAAAUGAUGUUAUUUCUUAUCUACAAAAUAAAUGUUCAGAUAUAAUAGAUGAUAUACAUAUAUCACAAAAUGGUAUUUUAAAUAUAAGAAUAAAUAAUAAUUCUUUAAUUGAAAGAAUAAAAAAUUUUUAUAAUAUAAAUAUUUUAAAAAAUAACAACAACAACAAUAAUAAUAAUAAAAGAGAUAUUAUUUUGUUAGAUUUUUGUAGUGUUAAUAUGUCUAAACAUAUUCAUAUGGGUCAUUUAAAAUCUAUAUUUCUUGGUUAUUCAUUAAGUAAUUUAUUCAAAUAUUCUAAUUAUCAUAUAAAAAAUAGAAGUCAUAUAGGUGAUUGGAAUUUAAAUGUAGCAUUAGUUAUUACAUUUAUUGUUAUGUUUUCAAAUAUAUACAUGAACAAAGAAAAUAUAAAAAAUGAAGAACAUAUUAUUUCAAAUAUAAAUUUUAUAAAUAAUAACAAUAAAGAAACACCACAAACAUAUAGACAAAAACAAAAUAAAGUUAUUCAAAAUAUAUAUCAUGAUAAUAUAAAAGAUAUAUCAAUCGAUUCAAAUGCAAAUGAAACAAUGAAUAGACAAAAUGAUGAUUAUAUUAAACAAUAUAUAGAAAUAUUAAAUAAUAUAAAUCAUGAGAUAUAUGAUCAAAAUUAUAAAAUAUUAGAUACAAAUAAAUAUCUAAAUAUAAAAUUAGAUACACUUGAAUCGUGGUAUAAAUUAUCUAAACGUCUUUAUCUUCAGUCAGAUAUCUUCAAAAGGUAUUCUAAACACACAUUAUCAUUAAUGUAUAAGAAAGAUGAAAAAAUUAUGAACCUGUGGAAUCUAAUAUGUAAAAUUACAAAAGAGGAGAAUGAUACCGUGUUGAAAACAUUUAAAAUAAAAAAACUUGUAGAAAAAGGAGAACAUUAUUAUGUUAAAUAUGUUCUGAAAAUUAUCAAUAUGAUGAAAAAAAAAAAUAUUCUUUUUAAUUUAAACAAUAAAUUAUGUGUUCUUUUAAAACCAAAAGAUCCAGAAAAAAUGUGUAAUCCAAAUAAUUAUAAAAAUAAAGAUAACAUUAUUAAUAGCAAUGAUAUAUAUUAUGAUAUAAUACAACCUGAUGAUAAUUUAUAUCAAUAUAUUAAAAGAAAUGAUAUAUCGUAUUUAAAAAAAAAUUAUACAAUACUAACUUUAAAAAAUGAUGUUGCAUAUACAUAUGCAGCUAUAGAUAUUGCAGCUAUUUAUUAUAGAGUGACAUAUGAAAAUGCAAAUAAAAUAAUUUAUAUAGUAGAUGAAAAUCAAAAAAAACAUUUUGAACAAGUUUUUUCUAUUUCAAAAUAUCUAAAUUUAAUUCAACCACAUGUUGAAUGUAUCUGUCUUAAUUAUGGUUAUAUAUUAAAUGAACAGAAAAAAAAAAUUAAAACACAAAGUUUCUCAAAUAAUAUAUUCGUAAAAGAUUUUCUUAUUAAAUAUAAACACAAUGUACAAAAAAAUAUUAAAGAUUCUUUUAUACAUAUGAUAUAUAAUAAAAAUUAUAUUAUAAAUAAAAAAAAAUUUAAUAACAAUAUUUAUAAUAAAAUAUUCCUUUCAUCUAUUAUUUAUUCAUAUAUAAGUGUUAAAAAUAGUAAAAGACAAUCUAUCAAUAAUAUAAUACAAAAUAUUAAUAGAGAAUAUCUAUAUAUUAUUGAUAUAUAUAAUAUUACCUUAUACAUUUUAAAUUUUUUUAAAAAAAAAAAUUAUAAUAUAUCUGAUUAUUCAUUUAUAUUUAUUAAUAAAAAUAUUCAAAUAGAACAAAAUUUAAAAAAUGUAUUAUUAGAUAUUUUAAAAUUUAAUUAUAUUAUUCAAGAAUGUACAUAUAAUUUUUGUAUAGAAAAAUUAUCUUCUUAUAUUUAUAAAUUAUCACACAAAAUAUACAACAUUUAUAAUAAUAAUCUAAUUUUUAAAGAUAUUAUAGAAAAUGCAAAUACAGAAAUGAAAAAAGAAAAAAAAAAAAAAAAAAAAAAAAUUUCUUAUAUGAAUAAUACAAAUUAUCAAAACGAUUCUUUAUUAAAUCAAAUAGAACACAAAAAAUUCCAUCAAAAUCAACAAGUUAUAAACUAUACAAUGCUCUCUAAUUAUAUUAAUAAUAAUGCUAAUAUUAAAUUAUCCAAUAUUCAAAACACAGACUAUGAACAACAAAAUAUCUGUGUAAAUAAUCUUAUGGAUAAUAGAAUACUCGCAUUAAUAAUUAUGCAAUCAUAUAUUUAUAUACUAUCAGAAAGUUUUAAAAUAUUAAACCUUCAUUUGGUAAAAUUUAAUUGA